AUGUCGAAUUCUAGUUUGUUUAAGGCGGAGAGAGCGAUGGCUCUUGGCCAGUAUACCCGAACAGUUAAAUAUUUUAAGGCGUACUUGCGUAGAAAGCCACGGGUGCCUUUAAACGAACAAGAACUGAACAUGUUGUCGGAUGCCUACAAGAACAGGUUGAAUCAAAAGCGAUAUACUAUGCGGAAACUAAAAGUACGCAUUGAAUCACUUGGAGUCGAAGACGAGGAGUAUACGAUCCUUUCUUCGAAGUUGGAUACAUAUCGAAAUGAGAUGAUUUUAAUUUGUAGAGACGUCAUUGACAUAAUAAAUGACAAUUUGAUCUUUAAUUGCGUGGAAACUCGAGAGAGCGUGUUAAUUCAUACGAUGAAAGGCGACUUUUACAGGUAAAGCCUCUUUCCCAUAUUAACGGUACUAUAUAUAGUAGUACUUUUAUUGUAAUGAGAACGUAAAUUAUUGAGACUGCUACACAUCCAAUUUUUAAAGGGUUGUAUACAAUGUAUAAUGCAUAUUUUGUUACUUAAGUUUGUUCUUUAAAAUUUACAUAACUAUUAUUAUCAUACAUAAAUUAAUAUCGUUGAUAUUAUUUAAUGAUUAUGUUGUGACAUGUAUAGUGUAUACUUUAUUAUUAGGUAUUAAUUUAAUUGUUAUGAACUCUCACUUCCACACAGCCAAUGGCUUGGAAGUGACCAACUACUGUUAUUUUAUAUUUUCUCUUUUUUUAAAAAAAUGUAAAACAAUAGUUGGAAAUAAAUAAAUAUUAUGAUUAUUAUUAUUAUAUAAUGUAUGUACGUAAGUAAACGAGAUAAAUGCAAUAUUUAAAAAAAAAUUAUUAUUUAUCAACUAAAAACUAUUCAAAUUCAUUUAAAAUAAAUUUGAAAGUUGUCCCGUGUCACAAGUAUUAAUUAUUGUGUAACCAUGAAAUUUGAAUAAAACUUACGUAUGCAUAUGUUAGAUAUAGAGCUGCGCAAUUAUUUUUGUUGGCAAAUAAUCGAUAAUUUAUAAAGAUGACAAAUAAUCGAUUAAUGAAAAUAAUUGCGUGGCCCUAGUUAUAUAUACAUUUUAUAUUUACGCGAAUAUGAAUUCGGGAUUCAAUAUUAAAAUAAAUACAUGCAAUUUUCUUUUUAUAACGAGAACACUGUGAUACACUUUUCUUAUUUAAUUCAAAAUUUGAUCCAAUUUUAUUUUAUGAACAUUUAAAAAAACACGUAAAAUCGACGAAGUUUAAUGUAAAGAUAGUAUUAAAACGUAUUAAUUUUCUCGAGAUUUUUUUUGAUAGUAAUAUUACUAGUUCAGAAACGAUUGAUAGGUACUUAUUGUUCUAUUUGUCUGUAAAUUGUAAAUUUUAGGUGCAUUUGGGAAGAAGAUAACAAUGAAGUAACUUGCAGAGAAACUACCAAGGAAUACCAUACGGCUUACAGUUUGUGCGAAUGGAAUUUUGAAUCAUCAGACCCACUUUUGUUGAAAACAGCUAUGAAAUAUGCAUUUCAAUUGAGUGACGCUGGCAAUAAUAGAUUGGCCAUAGUGAUUUUAAAACGUGUCAUUGAUAAUGCACAAGAGCAUUUGGACAAAAAUUACUUGGCGGAUAAACCAAUAAUUGAAUCACUUAUUAUGGAUUUAAAUAAUAAUUUAAUCAUGUUUAUUGAUAAUCAAAGAAUUGUUGAUUACAUCGAAGAAUUGGUUUCAGGAAUGAUUGAACCACUUGAAAAUCAAUCUGCGGAUAAUAUAAUUUCAAGACGGCAAGGGUAA